AUGGCAACUCAGUCUUUUGUCAAAGGGGAGGUUGUUGAAGUGUGGAGCAACUCUCAAAAAACGUGGAUAUCUGGCGCUGUGGUUUUAGAAGCUCCGGACCGUGACUGCGUCAUAGAUGGCUACGCGAUACCCGCAGGUGCAGUUAAAGUGACAUCUACGGCUGGGACCAAGUGGAUCCUGCCAGAUCAGGUGCCCUCCAGCCUGCGGAAAGUCCAAGGAGGCGAUGUUCCCGAGCCGGCCAUGGGCCUGCCAGCCACACCGGCCCCUGGCAAGGCAGAGGCUUCCGUGGUGAAACCGGGCAUGUGCAAGAUGGGUUGUAAUCGCCCAGUGCAGCCCGGUCUUACCCGAGGAAUGAAGGCUUUUGACACCUGUUGCAAGAAGUGUGCACAGGGGAAGGGAGGUCACGAUUCAAACUGCGGAGGCGGCUCCGCAAAGCCGCUUGCCAGGUCUGUGACAACAGAAGUUGAAGACCCAGAGAAGUGGUUGCGGGACCUCCUGUCUUCGCCAGAUAGCUUCAACAAAUAUUGCGGCAAGAUUGUGGCAUCUGUUUCUGGAGAUGCUGGGACCCUCACUCCGGCUCAAGCCCAAGAGGCAGUAUCAAAAUACUUGCUACAGCCCAUUGGUACGACCCUUCCAGUUGAUGCUCGCGCUGCAGAGGAUUGGGUCAGCAAAUGUGGCAAAGAUGGGAGCAUGGACAUUCCAGCUUUCACAAAGCUAGCCCACCAAGUUCUCUUGGAUAGAUUAAAAGCCUGGUUCCCUGACAAGCUCAUCGCCAAGACACACAGCUUCGUUCGCCAGAACCCUGCCAAUGUUGAGGCAGUGUACGAAGUAGGGAAGCUCUUGGGUGAGGGUAGCUUUGGCAAGGUUUACAAUGUGCAACACCGCAUUUCAGGCGAGUCACGAGUCUGUAAGAAGAUUGCAAAACUGAAAGGCAGAGAGGGCAUGAAAGUCGAGGAGAUCCUACAAGAAAUUGAGAGCAUGGCCACACUGGAUCACCCCAACGUCAUUAAAGUGUACGAAUACUUUCAAGACAGGGACAGCGUGUCUCAGAUCAUGGAGCCUUGUUACGGUGGUGAGCUUCAAGAUCGGAUCAACGAGGUUUUCCAGAAGGGACAGCCGCGUUAUUCAGAGGAGUUUAUAUGCGACGUGAUGAAGCAAACAUUGCGGGCAUUGGCCUUCAUGCAUAGCCAUCACUUCAUGCACAAAGACCUCAAGCCACAGAACAUCAUGCUCGUAAGUAAGGAUUCAGCUUCCAUCAAAGUUAUUGAUUUCGGCUUGGCUGAGCUGUUCGAGCCUGAUCAGAAGCACUCAGAUGCUUUUGGUGGCACGCUUCUGUACAUGGCUCCGGAAGUAUUUAAGCUAAAGCUGGAGUUCAAGUCAGACAUUUGGAGUGCCGGCGUCAUCCACUCAGUCAUCCAUUACAAUCUGAUGACAGGGGACUAUCCAUUCAUGGCACCUUGGCCAUUGCCCAAGGGCAAGACCAUGGAGUGGUGGCAGAACGAGCUAAGCCGGUCCAUUUGCGAAGACAACUUCAGGGACAACAAGAAGUUAAGGGAGUGGACCUCGGAGAGCAGCGACCUUUUGCGCCGGAUGUUAGAGAAGAGCGUAAGCAGGAGACCUGAUGCAGCUCAGUGCUUGGAGCAUGCUUGGUUCAAGAAGUUCGAGGCAGCUCCACCACCCUUGUCCGUGGGCAUCACCCAGUGCUUAGAGGCUUAUGCAGGACAGCCUGAAUUGAAAAAGGCGGUUUUCCUCCUCAUCGCGCAUAUGUGCACAGCGCCAGCAUUGAGCGAGCUUCGCGCAAUUUUCACUCAUUUCGACACUCUGAAUCAAGGGUCCCUGGUGACCUCUGACUUCCGGGAUGUGCUGUACAAGUCCGGGAUGACUUCCUUGCAGGUGGAGCGCAUUGUGCACGCGUUGGACCAGGAUCGCAGCGGCACAGUGACCUGGACGGAAUUUAUUGCCGGAGCUCUUUGCAUCAGCGUUUGUGGAAACAAGCGCCUCGUGGAGGCUGCCUUUGCUAUCUUUGACAAGGACAGCGACGGCAAGGUCAGUCAGGCUGACUUUGAAGACAUGUUUGCCAAAGGCGACGUGGAGUCACUGUGGAAGAAGAAUCUACCACAGGAGCUGCAGCUCAUUGGCCAGGCUGGGGCAGAUGGCAAGCUCAUGAAGGAGCAGUUCGUGCAGUACAUGGGCCGGAGGAUGCAGGUAACUUCUGGCGAGCCAGCGCUGCGGGAGCGCAUAGCAGUGUCAGGUGGCUGGCAAGUCACCAAGCAGCUUGGGCGAGGUCAGUAUGGAACAGCUUACCUCGUGUCCUGGGACGAGGAGAAAUGUGGAGAAGAGAGGAAGGGUCAAUACAAAGAUGGAGAUCAGGCUGUGGCCAAAGUUGUGGGAUUGGAGUUCCUUCCCGAGAAGGAGCACAACUUUGCGUUCCAGGAGGUGGAGCUGAUGAGGGCGCUGCGGCACCCUCACAUUGUGGCACUUCGAGACCACUUUCUGACAGAGGCCAGCUUGGAGCUCGUGAUAGUCAUGGAAUUCUGCGACAGUGGUGACCUCCGAGGGGAGGUCAAGAGGCGGACCCAGGCAAAGCCGCCCGAUCUACUUCCAGAGGCUACAAUCAUGACCUGGUUCGUGCAGAUGACACUAGCACUCAACUACAUGCACCAGCGUCACAUCCUUCACAGGGACCUUAAGAGUUCCAACGUCUUCCUGACAACGGCGCCCUCCGGCAACGGCGAGUAUGAUGUCCGAAUUGGAGAUUUUGGCAUCUCGCGAGUUCUCGAAGGCACUGUGGACGUUGCAGCAACAGUGGUUGGAACGCCAUAUUACAUGUCUCCAGAGGUCUGCAAGGCUGAGCCCUAUGGCUACAAGAGCGACAUAUGGGCAUUGGGCUGCGUCCUGUAUGAGAUGUGCAUGUUGAAGCAUGCCUUCGAAAGCCAAUCCUUGCAGUGCCCUCAGCAUCAGAAGCUGACAAAAAAUCAGCCCUGGAUAGAGCAAGCGGAGAUGAGCUGCAAGUUCAUACCGCAGCAUUUGGGAGCCCAAGCUCUCCCGCAUAGAAUUUAG